CGCCCGCGCCCCAGCUGCGAGGCCGGGAACCGCGCCGCACUGAGCCGCCGCUCGCCGUCGCGCCGUCCGCUCCCCCGCCGCAGCGUCGCGCCCCGAGCCCGGCCGACGAGGCUGCACCCGCCGCCGGGAUCCAGCCCCCCGCGACCCCAGCCUCCGUCGCCGCCACCCGCAGGGCGCCCCAGGCCGCACCAUGGUGAAGGUGACGUUCAACUCGGCGCUGGCCCAGAAGGAGGCCAAGAAGGACGAGCCCAAGAGCAGCGAGGAGGCGCUCAUCAUCCCCCCGGAUGCCGUGGCGGUGGAUUGCAAGGACCCAGAUGAUGUGGUCACAGUUGGACAGAGAAGGGCCUGGUGCUGGUGCAUGUGCUUUGGACUGGCCUUCAUGCUCGCUGGAGUCAUCCUUGGAGGAGCAUACCUGUACAAGUAUUUUGCACUUCAGCCCGAUGAUGUGUACUACUGUGGACUGAAGUACAUCAAGGAUGACGUCAUCUUGAACGAGCCUUCUGCAGAUGCCCCGGCCGCCCGUUACCAGACGAUUGAAGAGAACAUUAAGAUCUUUGAGGAAGAUGAGGUUGAAUUCAUCAGUGUGCCUGUACCGGAGUUUGCAGACAGCGACCCUGCUAACAUCGUGCAUGACUUUAACAAGAAACUCACUGCUUAUUUGGACCUUAACCUGGACAAGUGCUAUGUGAUUCCUCUGAACACUUCCAUCGUUAUGCCACCCAGAAACCUGUUGGAGCUACUCAUUAACAUCAAGGCUGGAACCUAUUUGCCUCAGUCAUACCUUAUUCAUGAGCACAUGGUGAUCACCGACCGCAUCGAGAACGUGGACCACCUGGGCUUCUUCAUUUAUCGAUUGUGUCACGACAAGGAAACCUACAAGCUGCAGCGCAGAGAAACUAUCAGAGGUAUUCAGAAGCGUGAAGCCAGUGACUGUUUCACCAUUCGGCAUUUUGAGAACAAAUUUGCUGUGGAAACUUUAAUUUGUUCUUGAGCAGUUGAGAAGAACCUGGGGAGAAAGUCAAUGCCACAGCAUUACCCCCCUCCCUUUGUAUUUUGUGCAGUGAUUGUUUUUUAAAAUCUUCUUUUCAUGUAAGUAGCAAACAGGGCUUCAUUGUCUUUUCAUCUCAGUAAUUCAAUUAAAAACCAUUAUCAAUUUAAUUUAAUUUAAUUAAAAACCAUUUAAUUCAAUUAAAAACCAAAAGGAAACAAAACCUUUUCUUUUUUCCAAGUGUGGUGUCUUUGAUAUUUGAAUUAGCAGAUGUGUGGGAUCCUUCAGUAAGAUCGCUUUUCCAUAGAGCUUGUAUCCUAGGAAGAAUUUAAAUUUCUUGAAAUUGUUUAUUUGGAUUUUUAUGUAUUAAUUCUGUACUUCCAAGAGGAAGGGGUACCUAAAGAAUAGUCAUUUGCAUAUGUUAAAAGGACCACAGUGACUUACUUGUACAUGCUCGUAGCCCCCUACCUAGUCUGUUAGCAUUUGAGGCCACCCUCUAAUAUUCCUUUAAUUAAAAUGUGCAGUAUUUUCAGUGUUGCAUUUAACUACUUUAGAGGAUGAAUUCAGCCUUGAUGUUUUAAUAUCCUAGGCCUCUGCCAUAAUAAGAUUUUAGACAAAUGUUUGGAAUUUAAGAAACAAUUCAUGUUACUAAUUUGUAUAGCCCAUAUCUGUGCAAUGGAAUAUAAAUAUCGCAAAGCCA